CUUUUCUGAACUUUCUGUGGGAGUAAAUAUCUGUCAAGAGUGCAAGCAAGGACAAACAGGCCUCAAUUUACGGAGUGAAUAUUUGUCCAGAGGACAGGUGCUAGAAAAAACAAAGAGGCCUCAUGAACGGGUUGGACUUCGCCAAAUGAGUUGGAAGCUAAAAGUUGGAACCGAUUGGCAUGAUGAAGUUUCGCGUAGCUGGAAAGCAAAGCAGUUUCCAUUUGAAGGUGCAGCUGUAACAGUGGAGUGUAACCCCUCUAGUAUUUCCAAAGUCACCCGUCGGCGCAAUAUGCCCAAAAUUUUGUUCCCGGCUGUGCAAGUUUGUUUUUGUUGACCCGCCCACAUUCCUGCUUGUUGCUGUGAGUUGUUCUGGAAAUCUGUUUUUAAAAUGAUGGAAGUUUUCUGUGAUCAUCACAGAUCCUACUCGUAGGUAGUACUCUUAAGUGCAAAAUCUCCUAUCAUGGUUGCUGCUAAAGAGAAAAGAUGGCUUGUGACCCUUUAUGCCUUAAACUGCAUCUUGGGUCCAGAUUUAAAGUAUGUGGUGGAAGAAGGGAUGAAGAGGCUCUAUAAAUACAUAGAUGAUCAUUUGAAUAGCUUGGCAAAACCCUGCAAACUGAGCACUUUGACAUAUGCUGUUGUACACUCAAGCAACGCCGCCUUUCUUAAUGGCCUGAGUUUCGGGAACAUUCAUAACAAUUUCCGUCAAAGGGAUGAGAGGCAAUACAACUACAAAGUCAACAACAUAGUUGAUCUUGCUAAGGUGUAUCUACCACCUGACGUCCCCGCCAAAUUCUCUGCAUUUGACACAACCAUGGAUGUGGCUGUCGCACUUAAACUUUUGGGAAACAGUUACCCAGUAACAAUUUUCUCCUCUCCCGAUCCAUUUGUCUCAAUUCAAUCAUUGGCAUGUGAUGUUAGGAAACAUGUGAGAAAUGAAGGAGAUCAUUUUAAGGAAAGAGCUUGGACGGAAAUGUUCUUCAACAAAUGUUUUGACAAGCUACAAAAACUACUCUCCUUUCUACCUUUGCCUGGCGCCAGAAAAAAGAAUACUGAAGAUAAACUUUCCAAAUGGCAAAUCGAAGGUUUUAAGCUGAUUGUUGAAGAAGAUUUCGAGGAAAAAAGGGAUGAGUGGGUAAAGGAUGGACUUGCUAAGUUUUAUAGGAAACUGAACAAAAACUUGGAGAAUUUUUUUUCCGAUUUUAAUCGAAGUUAUCAUGACCAGCCACAGGUGCAAAAUGAGGCCGACAAUGAAACCAGUGUCCAAAGAUCCAGAGAUUCAUCAUCAAACGCUCUUUUGACGGAAACUUGUGAAACCAGUGAUGAGGGAAGAGGAGUUACACGUAACGUGUCUGAAUGCUCCGUCAGAGAAGAACUGGAAAAUCCCGGUGCAGCUGUGGGAGAAGAAAUGCCUGAGAACAAGUAUCCUAAAAUUGAGCCAGAAGAAGUUUAUAUAGAGGCGAAGAUGCCGCCAUUUGUUAUCAUUCUGAAAGAAAUUCUAAAAGAAGACUCAGGAACUGCUCGAUUUAAAGAGUUAAGAGAUGUGCAAUUACAGAAGGUUGCUGACAACGAAUUUUUUGGACGAGAACUUCCAAAGCCUGCAAGAGAAGGCCGUGUCAAAGUCACCAUCGAAUCACAAAAUGGAGACGUCCUCGGGGAAACGGAAAUUUUGUACAAAGACGCAAUUGAAGAAAAGUGGAAAGCAAUCGUCACUAUCCAAGAUGGGAUGCGUACGAUCUUAAAGGCUUCAAAUCCAUGUGAAAGUGGCAGUGCUGAAAGGAGCAUUUGUGACACUCCGCAUACAGUAUGCGCCGGGCCUUCUGGUGUACAGAUAGCAUCAUUAUCAGUUCAGCUGCUGCUGCGGCUGCUCUACAAAGCAGCAGAAGUUAAUGCUAAAUGGUUCAUUCAUCUUAUCUUUAACUUACCUGCUGGGAAAAUAGCCUUUGAUUCGUACAAAGAAAUGCCUUUGUCACCGGAGAUCGUCGCUAGCACACAUGGCCACGAAGAGAUUGCGCAGUACCUCAGUGAUGUGAGAGAAAGGUAUUCUGCUAAUGAGGAGGAACGAGAAGAGCAAUCAAACACUAUUGACUGGAAAGAAGUCAUUGACACUAUCGAAGCAACAAAGAAUCAACCUGACGAGGACCUUCAUCGUAUGUCUCAGCAGAAGGAACCCGAGAAAGCCGCGAAAACUACGUUUUCAAAAUCAAAAGAGGAUGAAAAUAUCUACACAAUCUGCCAGCUUAAAGCCGAAGCAGCAAAGAUUUCAAGAACGGUACUACACAAAUCUGCAAUCAGUGGUCGAUACGAGAUGGUUAAAGUGCUUCUUGAAUGUGGAGAAGAAGUGGACCAGACAGAUGAGUUUGAUUUGACGCCUCUUCACCUUGCUGCAUGGUACGGACAGCUGGAUGUUGUUCAACUGUUGUUGCAACAUGGUGCAAAUGUCCACGCUGUAGAUAGAUUUCAGAAAACAGCUCUUCAAAAAGCUGAACGCAACAAUCACAAAACCAUAGUUGAGCUGCUCCUGAGGAAUGACGCUAAACUCACUUGCAAACAACCGCCUAGCCUGAGGUCCCUUUCACGCAAAGCCUGUCUGCAUGCAGACGAACUACCGGCCUUCAAUCGACUACAAGCAGCCGUAUUUGAGCAUGACUAUAGCCCACUCUUAAACGAAGACAACGAUGAUGCAGAAAAGGUUGUUGAGCUUGUCCUUAAUGAAGGAGUAGAUAUAAAUAUUCCAUCGAAAAACAAUCGUGCGCCUUUGUUUUCUGCGAGUUCAUCAUCCUCUGGUGAGAUCAUUGAGACCCUCCUUGAUCUUGGAGCUAAUAUAGACGCCAAGAGCACAGACGACGAGGUGGCAGCUCUGUACUUGGCAGCUUCUUGUGGCAAUUACAUGGCCACUGAGAUCCUAUUGAGGCAUGGAGCUAACAAAGAAAUUCAAGAUAUCAAUGGACGGACACCACUGCAUGCCUGUGCAAGUAAAGGAUUAUUUAGUCUUUCCCGGUUAUUGAUUGAUUCAGGAUGCGACAUCAACCUGCAGGACAACAGCAAAGAAACUCCGCUCUAUUUGGCAGUCAAAAAUAAACAUGAACACUUGGUCAGAGUCUUUCUAGAAAGCAGUGCUGAUGUGGAUUUGAAAUAUAAAGAGGUUGACAGAGUUUACCUUGUUCGUGGGAAAGACAGGGGAGAACCAGCCUGGCGUUACAUCCUAGUGGAGAAAGCUUUGUUGCCUUCGUUCGUAAAGAGAACGGAAGAAGGUAGUCUCGACGUUACAGCCUUUGGAUUCAUCCUAGCGUAUGGAAAGGGAGAGGAUCCUCCAGAUGAAAUAAAAAGGAAAGUCAAAGAAAUGGGCGCUGCCUUUCCUGAUCAAGAAAGUUAUACCAUACUUCAUCUCGCGAGCAAAAGUAAUAGUCCCGAUAUUGUGGAGCUGCUGGUGAAGUACAAAGCAGAUAUAAACGCCCGUGACAAAGAUGGCUUCACACCACUACACUUGGCAGCGAUGCAUGGUAACUUUCAAGUUGUUAAAACACUGAUCGAACUCAGUGCUGACUUCAACUUGAAAGUCGAAGGAAAGGAUGCAGCUGAAUUGGCGCACAUGAAUGGAGAGACAGAGGUUGAAGAAUAUCUUACCUUAACAGCACUGCGAAAACAUACGAGUGAAAAAUCGGUUGAACUCAUACCUGACACUGGUCGAAAAGAUUACUCAGCUACAACUCGUGAGAAGUAUCUUGAACCUGAAAAAAGUUCCCUUGAUACGGACACGAGGAAGAACUCGGACGAAAAAGGCUGGAAAGCACCUGUAGAUGAGGGCGUUCAAUAUUACAUUGAACAAACUUGGAGUGAUCCUAUACCAUGCAUGCUGAACCGGACAAAUUUAUCAGAGUUUUAGGUCUUUUAUACACAGAGCUUGUUACCCUUUAUAAACGGUGAAACAAGAGAAUGAAUAUUUUGAUAGAGAAUUCCAAAGAGAUAGCGCAGAUACCGAGAACGAUCUAUAACUCUUCGAAAGUAAAUUUAUAGCGAGGUAUUUUCAAUAUCUUUUCGGUUGAGGAUCUAAGAUUACGCUGAGGAAUAUGUGAUUUGCCCAUUUGGUAAUUCAUUUAUGUGGGGGACUGGGGCUACUCCCGAGGCGAUUAGACCUAUUUAGAUACGCCCUUUGGUGUGUAAAGGUUAGAUAAUCGUGUAACCAACAGGAGAGGAGUGUACCAGAAUUUUUUGCUUUUGUCGAAAAAGUGCAAACAUUAAACUCUUCCAAUCUCCUGUAUCGACACCUAGCCUUCUAAUUCUUCACCUUCGACCACGAUUUCAAACCAAUGUCUCGAAGGUCUGAUAUAUAUGGUGGCGCUGAUAAAUCGGCUGGUUUCUAUGGCAUCAGUUCUAGAAUGCCGAAACUAACUGCUCCGAUGAUUGCACCUUCAGUCGCAAAGUUGAUCUUUUUCUUUCAACUUAAGCUUCUUUCCCAGUCGCUGGAAAACUGCCAAGGUAACACCAAUCCCAAAAGCGGAGACCCCACUGAUAUUACAAACUAUCGUUCAGUAUCAAUUUUAUUUUGGAUAUAUCAACAAAGUUGAAAUGGUAAAUUGGACGCCGUAACGAUUA